CUGAAGCUCCCUUCUCCAUUUACUAGCACUUCAGCAAAUCCGCCCUGUCUGUUUUAGUCGAUCGCGAACGUCGAGCACCUGUCAAUACUUCACUUGUCCAUGCACGCACUUUGAAUCGCACCCUUGCGCUUCACCACUUCCAAGACAGAAACGCCGCUGAUACCUUUGAUUUUAUUCGAGUACCUUAGGCAGAAUUACUCAGAAUGGGUGGCAAGAAGCGCAAGCAUCCCGAUGUCGAGGAGCUUCUCAACCGCCCCUGGUGCUACUACUGCGAAAGAGACUUCGAAGAUUUGAAGCUAUUGAUCUCACAUCAAAAAGCGAAGCAUUUCAAAUGCGAUAGGUGUGGUCGGCGGUUGAAUACAGCUGGAGGUCUGUCUGUUCACAUGAAUCAAGUCCACAAAGAGUCGUUAUCAUCUGUCGAAAAUGCACUUCCCAACAGACAAGGUCUUGAUGUCGAGAUCUUUGGUAUGGAAGGUAUUCCAGAGGAUAUCGUCCAACAGCACAACCAGCGUAUCAUACAAAACUUCUACCAAGCACAGGCUGAACGAUUUGCCGCUACCGGAAACCCGCCACCGGGUCAGAGCGACAAGCGACCCGCUAAAAAGAUCAAGGCCGAGACACCGGAGGAGAUCAAGAAGCGCUUAGCGGAACACCGAGCGCGACUGGCUGCGCAAAAGAACGCGAACGGGGGCGCUGCUACGCAUACACCUCCUCAAGGACUACCAGAUGGGCACAACCCUGGACAAAGUGCAUCACCUGGUGCUUUUAACUCUCCCUUCCACCCACCCGGUGCACAAUAUCCUGGUUACCCAAGCCAACCGCAAUACCCUCACGCAUACCCUCCGUCGAAUCUCCCUUCGCGGCCCGGGAGCAACGCCCCUGCUGCAUCUGGUCUACCUCAACGGCCCGGACAGCCUGGGUGGCCGGCUAGUACCGCGACACCUGAGGAGCUUGCAGCGAGCGCAACGCCACAGCAAGGCGAUGAUAUCGACCAACUGAUCAGGAUGGCCGAGGCUGGUAUCCGGCCACCCAAGAAGUCAGAGACACCCGCCGCCACGGAGGAAGCGGCGCAGGAGAAGAAGCCGAAGAAAGAGAAGGACAAGAAUGUGCAGAUGAUUUACGAGGACGAGCUCAGUCCAGAGGAGAGGAUGGCCAUGAUGCCGAGGUAUGCUUUCACCCUCGAAUCUGGAGCUGCUUAGGGGCAGGGACAGCGGAAGAGGAGGCGCGCAUUACGUGUAUAAUAUCAAACGAAAACUAUGGCAUGGAUGAGCCUGGUCAUUUAGCGCUUUAUAAACCCUACUGGGAAAUGAGAAUAAGCGUUGCUGAAAUCAGGACUGCGCCGUGAGAUUUUGACUUCAACUUGCGCUGUAAAUAUGUCCAUCUAUAUGUAGUUAAGCAACAGUUGGCGAAGUUUUCCACUGUAAACAGUGAACAGCUUAUAAAUAAUUGGAUGAACGUGUACUCAAUGUUCGACUGUUUAGGUGGGUUUUCUUAUUUUACCUUCAAGAUGAUUAAGCAUAACUACUUCAUUUCAAGUUAAGUUGUUCACACAUUAGAAUUGUCAGUUUCUCGAGCAGCUGUCAAUCCAAUGUGUAGGAGAGAAUGCCAGAAGG